UCACUGGUGAAGGAAGUCUACCACCAAUAAGAGAUGGCGAGACAAAGUUGGUGUACGGUCCCUGGUUGCGGUUUUUACAGAAAAUCUAGGGCAACAGGUAAUGCAUUUCACCGUUAUCCAGUGAAAGACCCGGAAAGAUGCAAAAGAUGGUUAAUAGCUGUCAGACAUAUUAAAUACGAUGUCAAGACUCCAGUUGCCACUCUGAACAGCCUACGUGUAUGUAGCACGCACUUCAGGGAAGAUGAUUACGAGAGAGACUUUCAAGCAGAAAUUAUGGGGACUAAGAACAAACGAAGACUCAAAGAUGCCGCUGUGCCAUCUAUUUUUCCAUGGACUCGAUCGGCAGUACCAAAAUACAGAGGAGCGUUCGAGAAGAGAACGCGCGGAGGUUCUGGCCUCAAUAGAAGGUCUCAAUAUGACUUCAAAGGUGAAUCAACCAGCAACAACAGCAAGCUCCUCGGCCAUAUAUGCGGUGGGAGGGACAGUUUCCCAGGCUCGCCUGGACAGAGAACAGCUCCUAGACGACACUGGUUCCUUGACUGUGGAAAUCACUGAGGAGUUGUUUGGCAGUGAUCAUGAUAACAAUGAUGAUGUGGCCACUGCACCUUAUGAAGAGGAAGAUGUUCUGUCUUCAGAGGAGGAACCUGAGGAACCCAAGAAGAAGAGAAAAAACAAGGAUAGUUCAGAUGAGUGGGAGCCGUCUGAUAAAGAACAUACUGAAAUACUAAUGGACUUUUCGUAUGAUUCCUCUGAGGAUUUGGAAACUGUUGGUUCCUCUGACCUAACAGAAGGGGCCGAAGCUGCUACUUCUCAGACAGACAGAGAGGAAGACGGUAAGCUUGUAGUUUGGUGGUGCGAUGAAUGUGGAGCUGAGCCUGAAGUCACCUGCACCACACGGAGACAUAAGAUGCUGUACGCCUGUGCUCUGUGUGUGGGUGAGGGCGAACAGGCUGUUGGAUUUGACCAAUUCUACAUGCGGUUCGAUGACCUAUCCAGCCUAAAAGUUCAUGUGCAACUCGAACACAACACCAAAGUUUGUCAACGCGCACUCUGCCCAGACUGCGGCAGGUAUCACUUCAAGAAAGACCACGUGUGUGUACACAAGAUCAAGAAGAUCCCCUGCCUAGACUGUGGUAAGCUAUUUACUUCCCAGACAUCUCUCAAGCUUCACAUUAGAGUCCACAAGGACAGCUUUGUGCAUGCAUGCAAAUUCUGCCUCAAGAAAUUUAAGACCAAGCCAGACACAUGAGGAGAGCCAUCCCCAAGAGAAGAGUCCUUAUCAAUGCCCUGACUGCUCGGAGAGAUUCAAUACUUUUAAAAAACGGAACGGGCACCUUCAAAGCUGCCGAGGGCCAAGGAGGUACAUUUGUGAUGUCUGUGGCCAAGAAUGAAAUGGGUUGAAUGCACUCAAUAGGCACAAAAUGCUACACACAGGGCAGAAGCCAUACAAGUGCAAGGUGUGCCACAUGUCCUUCAACCAAGUUAGCCACCUUAAGUCCCACAUGCGCCUCCACACAGGGGAACAACCCUUCAAGUGUCAACAGUGUGAAAAGUGCUUCAAUCACAACGUCAGUCUAAAGAACCAUGUCCACCGCCAUCAUGGUCCAGAGUCUCAGGAGCAGGGGGAGAGAGAGAGAAAGCUGACGAGUCAGGAGCUAAACUCUGGAGCAGGGUGGAUGCUCUAGUCCUAAAGAACAGGGAGAGGGUCAGGAACCAAUCCAUCAACCUGAGCAGGAGAGAGAGAAGAGGGAACCGAGAAAGACGAGGAACAAGAGCAGUCAACGCCUGACAUCUGACCCUGAGGAGUUAGUGGAGGAGGGGGUGAGGCAGAUCAACAGCGACUCAGACUUCAACCCAGCAGAGGAGAGGACCACAAGUAGAGGAAGAGGAAAGGGUAGGCCAAGAGGGAGACCGAGUACCACUGGGAAGAGGAAUGGAGCUGUGGAAGAUUUAGAUUGAUCCCCUCAGUGUCGUGUUCAUUAGGGCACAUCAUAACAAAACAUUUUACAAUGGAAAAUGAGAGUACAGAUAGAACAUUCCUGUUUCACUUUGUUUUGUAGCGUUUCACUCUGUUUCAUGCUUACUGAACAUGACCCAGAAUGAACUCUAACAUGAAGUAUGGGGUCAAUGAGUCUUAUAGAUUUAUGAGGCAAAGGGUUGUUUCUGCUAUACAGUUGUAUGAAAACACUACUGUAAAGUCUACUUCAUUGUUACUAAUAGAAGUGAUUCAAAUCAAAUGACACUAUUGAUAUUUACAAAAACAUUGUUUGUUACUGGGUUGAAAAAAAAUAUAUAUACAAUUUAUAGUCACCAAAUAUUGAAAUAUGUAGAUUUUCUUCUACUACUUUAAACUACGUUUGUGCUGCUGUUGAAUUAUGUAAUACCACCUCUAUUAAAGUCUUUAGUAGGCUAUUCCAGUUUUUCUUAUAUUGUCAUACAUAACUGCUCUUUUUGCUGUCAUGAUGGUUUCAAAUGAAUGAAGUUCUAUUUUGAAAAAUGGUCUGUUUCUUGCCUUGAAUAUUCAUAAACUUUAUGGUUUUAAGUCAA